CAACUAUAACGUGCUUGUUCAUUAUUCUUGAACAAUUAUCUAGUUCAUGUAUGCUACAUCCACACACUAGAUAGACGGUGAGCUAGAUAACAACGAACCUCAACCAAGAACGCUAUAUAAGGUGUCCUUGUCUUAUGACAGACUUAUCAAUUGCUAUAAUCGCCUUGUAGCUUUGCAUUACUCGCUGCUGGUGAGGCGAUACACAGCCACUGCCAGCCAUGUAGUAUCAUUCUAUUCCAAGUCGUGCGAUGGUUAGCAAACAUAUUUAGGCUCAGACAAUGCAGGAUGAUAUUCGAUUAUAAUGAGCAAUCUAUUUGAAAGGCAAAGGCUUUGCUUUUUACAGAGGCUGUUGUCAGCUGGUUCAGGUGUUUUCCACAAGAAGUGGUGUUGCCAAGCAUGCAUCACUUGGAUGGUAUGUAGUAUAAGGAUUCUCUCGUUGUGUUGACAUUUCCUUCAAGCUAACGGUGUGAGAGCCCGGCGCUAUGUAGCCUUGUGUGCUACAGGGUGACUUUGUCUCCGGAGAAAGAAGUUCGCCAUCUGCAGAUGCCGCUCCUCUGGACAUAAAGCACGAUGGAUUAUAAAGAGGCGAGGACGGAGCUGGACCAGAUCGCCGUGCGUCUGCAGGAGGACGGCCUGCCUCCAGGGGCGAGCUCAGAGGAGCGUCAGCGGCACCUGUGGCGUCAGCUCCGUGAGGGCGAUGCGGCCCUGCGCUCCUCCCAGCAGGAGAUGCUGGCUCUGAGAACCCAGCAGGCCAGCGAGAUGAAGGAGGUAGAGAACUACGUGGAGCACAUCCGCGGGCUCCUGGAGGAGCGGGAGUCUCUGACUGCAGAGUACGAGCGGGACAACGAGCAGCUGCGUCUGGACCUGGAGCACAUCCGGCUCCAGCAAGAGUCCCAGAGGAAGGAGCUGGAGGAGAUGCUGAUCCAGGAGGGCCUGGGGGAGGUGGGCCUGAGCGGCCCCAGCGAGCAGGUGGCCUACCUGCUGGUGGAGAGGGCCACUCUGCUGGAGAGGCUGGAGUCUGCAGAGAGGAGGCUCGACACCCAGAGCCUCACGGGCAGCCUCCGGGAGGUCCACAUGCAGGAGGAGCUGGAUCACAUCCGUCACAACAUGGAGGAGGAUCUACGUCAGCAGAGAGAGGUGGCCCAGAAGACCAAAGACACCUUGAGCAAGCGUGCAGGUCAGAGCUCCUGGAAGAAGCUGUUUGGUCUCCGCAGGUCUCCUCAGAGCGCAAACUCUGCCCCCCUCGUGCACAGCGAGGACCUGUCCCGGGAGCGUUCAGACCGCCAGCAGCUGGAGCGGGAUCUGGACGAGGCGUCCCGCCGGCUCGCCAUGGCCCACCUGGACAUCCGCAGACUGACGGACGAGCUGGACGCCGCCAGGAAGAACCAGGGAAUGAGCGGAUCGGAGCUGGAGAGGACUGGCCAGGAGGUGGAGAACCUGAGGAAGGAAGUGGAAAAGCUGAAGCACUGUGACAUGAUGGAGAUGCAGAGAGCGAAGGAGCAGAACGAGAGGCUGGAAGAGGAGAUCCGAGUUCUCAGGGAGAGAGUACGCUCCCUGGACUCAGAGAAGAGAACGCUGUCAGAGAAGGUGACCAGGGAGGACCUUGAGGGCAAAGCCACAGGAGAGAAGACCCCUAAAGACCUGCUAGACACCCCAGCCGAGGAGCAGAUUCAUAAGAGGUGUGUGGCGGCGGUGGAGGACGGCCGCUGCCAGGUGCGGGAGCUACAGCGGCGCCUGCAGAGGCAGCAGGAGGAGCAGGAGGAGCUGGUGGAGAGGAACGAGGAGCUGGAGGCUCUGCUGGGAGAGACCCAGAACUGCAGCAAGGAGGAGCGCCUGCACCAAGAGGGGGAGCUGGAGGGACUGCACCGCAAGAUUAGGAGCCUGGAAGCAGAGCUGAGCAAGAUGGCCGCCCAGGAUCCAGCACUGAGGGACGGAGAGACCAGCAGGGAGACCGAGACCUUCUCACAGAAGCAGACAAGGGCCAGCAGCCAGGAGCGGGCCAGCCUGCUGGAGGCCCGUCUGACGGAGGAGAAGGACUGGAGAAAGCAGCUGGAGCAGGACCUCAACGCUGCCCAGGCCGCCCUCAAGAAGGACAAGGAGGCUCUGCAGGUGGGAGAGAGGGAAUUGAAGAACCUGAGGAUGGAGGUUCAGAGCCUGCAGACACAGUGCCAGCAAGGCAAGACGCUCAUCAAGAGCCUGACCCAGGUUAAAGGAGAGAAGGGUCUUCUAGAGGAGAAGGUGGCCCAGUUGGAGCGCGCUCAGAGCCGCCUGCGGGAGGAGCUGGAGAGGGAGCGUGGGGGCGGCCGUGCCCAGGAGCAGCUGCAGGAGGGCCGCGCCCAGGCGGACCAGCUCAGGGGACAGCUGGAACGGGUCACCUCGGAGCUGUCCAGCCUGCAGGAGGAGAAUCGCAGUCUGAGGGACGAUAUGGCUCGUGAGCGGAGACAGAUCAGUGACCUCCAGGCCCAGCUGAGCACCUUGGUCCAGGAGAAGCUGCAGGCCCAGGGGGAGAGGGAGAGGCUGGGUCUGGAGGCCCGGGUGGAGAGAGACAGGCUGGGUCUAGACCUCCAGGUGUCCAGGGAGCAGACCACCAGGGCAGGGCAGGAGCCGGACACACACUCUGGGCACUCAUCCUCUAGCCUCAGCCUGGCAGACAAGACCAGGGAGGACGGCCUGAACCAGCUGUCGUGUCUGAAGCUGGAGCUGUCUCGUGUGCAGGCCACCCUGCAGCAGGAGAGGCAGCUGGCCUCCCAGCACCAGGCCACCCUGCAGGCCCAGAUCACCGAGGCCCAGGCACGCACCAAGUGUCAGGACUCUGUUCUGGGCCAGCGGACAGAGGAGGAGAGGCAGGUGAAGCAGGACCUCCAGAGGGCCCAGAGCCUGUUCACCUCGGCAGAGAGAGAGCUGCGCUACGAGAGGGAGAAGAGUCUGGAUCUGAAGAAACACAACGCUCUGCUGGAGCAGGAGAAACUCAAGCUGUGUGCGGAGCUGAGGCAGACCCAGGCCCGGCAGGCCCAGGCGGAGCAGGGCUCCCAGGGCCAGGCUGCAGAGACGGAGCGUCUGCAGCAGAGGCUGCGGGAGCUGCAGCUGGAACUGGCUCGCAGCGGACACAGCCUCAGUACCAACGCCAGCCUGCAGGAGGAGCUGCAGGCGGAGAGGGCGCGCCUCAUCGCAGCCGAUAAAAAGGUGGUGGAGCUGCAGCAGCAGCUGAAGAGCUGUCAGCACCAGCUGCGUCUGGAGGAGGCGAGAGCUGGAGAGACCAGCAGGCUGGAGAGAGACUCCAGGGACAUGUCAGACUCUCUCUCUGCCCUGAGAGCCAGGCAGCAGGAGGAGCAGCUGCACAGGAAGCUGUUGGAGCAGCGCGAGGAGGAUCUUCAGCAGCAGCUGCGCUCCCUGAGGGGGAAGGAGGCGUCUCUGGGCCGCAGCAGCGCUGAGCUGGGAAGCCGCUGCCAGCAGCUGGAGGCUCGUCUGGCUGUCCUGGAGGCAGAGCUCAGCCAGGCCAGGGACGAGCAGAGAGAGAGCCAGAGGACUGCUCACAGGCUGGGGGGAGAGCUGGGCACCAGUCAGCAGGAAGGGGAGAAACUCCAGGAGGAGAUCCAGCAGGUGAUCACCCAGCUGGACACACACAUCAGGAAGCACAACGAGAAACAGUCUCAGCACAAGAUCAAGCUGAGGAAGGCCAAGCAGAUCUUCCUGAAGGCUACGGCUCAGAGAGACCGCACCAUCCAGAAACUGGAGAACGACCUGGCCCUGGCCAACAGCCUCUCCCAGAAGGAGAAGGACUGGAUCCGGACGGUGAUGGAGGAGAACGAGAAGCUGCUGGUGGAGAGGAGGGACCUGCUGGGGAGGAUGAGCGAGGCGGAGGAGGUUGGCAGCAACGGACUCAGGACCGCGUCCACCGUUCAGCACAGGGUCAACGUGUUAGAGGUGGAGAACAGACAACUCCAGGAAAGAACUCUCAAGUUGUCCAAUCAGGUCGGGGCACUUGAGCGCACCCUGAGGAACGUCCAAUCAUUUUGUAGCCUUGAGGAUGUGAAGAAAAUGUACAAUUCUGAAAGUUUUCUUAAUGACAGUACCCUACAUACAUCAACUAUAAGUCUGACAUCAGGUGCGUGUGACCCUCUGGGCAUCCUGGAUGCCAUUUGUCGGAUGAAGGCCAGCGAACCCCGCACCCCCUUCUCCGUGCCCAGCUCUCAGCCCUCGGAGCUGGGAUACCUGAACCUCACCUCCCCCUCGGUCCCUCCGGAGCCUAAAGACCCAGAGGACGGCACUGGUGUAGGAGAUGAGCAGGUAUGACAGUGGGGUGGACAGGGGAGGAAGUCAUAAAUCUGAAUCGCUGUAUUCGCCAUAAGGACAGUGGACGUGGGAAAUUGACCUGGUGAUUCAGCGAAGUGAAUCAAAAGAUUUGAGAUGGAGUUAAAGACAAGAAACAAAAUAAGUCAAAUGCAAGAAUUACAAGUUUAAGAGGAAAAGUAUCCUUUGUUAUUCUACCUAUACUGUUGGCCACAACUAGACGCUUAUGGUGGCUCUAAACGCCCAGGGUGAACUAGCAAAUAAACGUAUGAAUCUUACUUCAUUAUGAAAUGGAUAACCAUAAGGUGGUAGUAUAAGCUACGCAAUAAUAAUAUAACAGAGAGAACCUCUAUGAUUGUUGAUGAGAGCUCAACUGAUAGAUGCUAUGGUCAGUGUCUCAGUCUCAACCUGUGUUUUGCAUCAAGAGGAAUAUAUACCACUCCUUUGCAGCUUUCUGCUGCAGAUCACUCCAUCCCUGUGGGAUAUAAUAAACAGGUAUUUGAGGAAGGGUUGGGAGAACUGCGAAAACAUUAACUGUAGAUAUACAGAACACUAUGGUGGUUGCUGUAUGAGAUUUGUUAUGAAGGCUUGUCUUAAGGUACGCCCUGGUGUGGAUAAGUGUUGUCCAGUUGUACGAGAGAUUGCUCGUAUUUAAAUGUUAUUUUUCAAGACAACGGUUUAUGUUCGACAGUGUAAUGGUACAACUGGUACAGACAUCACAAUCUAAAUGCUGGUGAAUCAUUGAUAUCGAACUAGAGGGACGAUCCACAGCAGAACAGGUCUGUUCGAAGCACUUGUAUUGUGUUCUCAUGAAGUGGUUCAUGUUCUGAGAACGUAGAAGAGAAAUUGCACCUUUGGUGCUGUUUUUGACCAUAAGAGAAGUCCAAUAUUGGCAAUUAUUUUCUAUGAAAAACAAAAGCCUUGGGAAUUAUAUGUUUACGGUAUUGUCUGGUAUUAAAACUUAAUUUGGUAUGUAUCUGUUUACGAAGUUAUGAAACGUGGUCAUUAUUAAAUGAAAUGUGGUUUUGGAGCGAUAAUUGAGUGUAUUGUAUGGUACAAGAGAUUUAGAAACCCAAUUCAAAAUAUUCCCUAUUUUCCCACCAAACUACACUUGUCCUCAAACACUUAUCAAUCGAAAUUACUGACUUCUGUUCUGGUCUAUGAACAUCUCUUUUCUAAGUCUGUUUUAACCCUCGUGCUGCCUUCGGGUCACAUGACCCAAAGGUUCAUAACGAACCAUCGUUGUGUUUACCCAAUUUUACCCAAUACAAAAACAAAUUAAAAUAAUUUUCUUUUAACCUUUGCAAUGUGGGGGGUC